GUUUUCUGUUUCCCUUUGCCCGGCUUUUUUUUUUGUUUUUUGUUUUUUGUUUUUUUCUUCUUCUUCUUUCACACCCACUACCUGCUCACACUCGAACACUCACAUACUUACACAAGCAUAUACACACAAAUAUAUAUAUAUAUAUACUCAUACAAACACAUAUAUACACCCAUAUAUACACAUACAUAUAUACAACUUCGCAUAUCUACUAUAUAUAUAUAUAUACACUUUUAUUCUCUCUUUGCCUUUCUUCUUUUCUUAUUGCAACAAUAUGCAAAAGCUAAAGCAAGACUCGGAUGUUACUCAGGAAGAACAUGACUUAUAUUAUAAAAAAGUAUUGAAGGAACAAAACAGCAAGAUAGAAGACCUACAAAAAACUCAAGCCGUAUUACAGUCUCAAACUGAACCAAAGACACCACGACCAGCUCCUACCAUAGCCAAUAUGGCAUUGUCUUUAUUAGGGGAUCUAUUGGAUGAAUGUAUCUAUGAUGUUCUUUAUGAUGUACACAAAGACAUGAAGCAAUCAUAUGAUACCUGUCAAAUUUGUCAAACAAAAUGUCGACAUCAUGUUCAAAGACCUGGGUGUGAUAUAUUUGGAAAAAGUUAUAACGUCAACAAUCUACCAUCCUAUGAAUGUGUCAAUUGUCAAAAAACCAUUGCUUCUACACGGUAUGCUCCUCAUUUAGAAAAAUGUCUUGGACUCGCUGGUCGUCAAUCAAGUCGUGUUGCUAACCGAAGGAUGGGAUCAUCACCAAGUUCUGUUGACUAUAGCAGUGAUUCCAAUGAUGAUAGGAAAAGGAAAAAGUUGCCAUCUUCGCCUUUACUGAAUGGAUCCAAGUUGAAGAAACAUAGGUUAUUUGAUGAUCUUUAGGGAUUCUUGCCGGACAGUUUUUUUUUUUUUUUUUUUUU